UAACUCCCAUUGUGACAAAAAAUAAGAACUUAACCUAACAAAAACUUACAUAAAAUUUGUAUAGAAACUUUUGUUUUUCUAAAAUUUUUAUUAAAUAAAACAGAAAUAAGUUGCAAAAAGGCAACUAAAUUAUGAACAAUUAUUAUUACUUGGAUGUGGAAUUAAAACUUAGGGAAGACUCUACUGCCGUUAUUACUCCAGCCUAUUUUCAAGGUAGCAUAGAAUCAUCAUUAACAGAAUUCUUUGGAGAAAUUGGGGGACAAACUGAACUGGAACUAGUGAAAUUUGAUAUUAAUCAAAAACGCGGAAUUCUAAAAGUACCGGAAGCAUUUUCUACAAAAACCAAAGCUGCCAUUACAUUAAUUGGUUAUUUUCAAGAAAUACCGUGUCAUUUCCAAAUACUUAAAACUUCAGCACAACCUUUAGAUUUUGAAUAA